AGGUUUUUAUAGCGUUCCGGCGACAUUUGGGGGCAACCGAAGUCGCUUCACUUACGUGACUUGAAUGUUUUUAACCUCGAUGAAGUUGUUUACAUUCGCUAGUUAAGUUUUAAUUAAAGUAAUAAAUAAAAAAAGAGCAAUGUCGACCGAUGGCGACGAUUUGGAGAAGACGCUGAUGAUGGCCGCCGCCGACGCGGAUGCACGAAACAACGAAAACAGAGUGAGCGUUAUCAAAUCCCUGGAAACCGUCGUCAACGAAACCGCCAGCCUUCAAAUGGAGCCGCCACUGCUCAUUCCACAGGAAUCAAAAGGCCUCAAGCGUAAAUUACAAGCGGAAAGAGAGGAGAAAAGAAGUUACGACGAUGAGCGUGUGCGGAAUGAACGCGCGAAAAAACGCGGGGAAUCUCCACAACCGCAACCGCCGCCUCCGGAACCAGCGCCGGCACAUAGCGGCGGGUAUGCCAAAGUAGUCGCAACGCAUUACAAUCAACUAGAAGAGAAAGGACUCGAUGAACGUUCGCGCUCGAGAAUAUUCUACAUGCGUAAUUUUCACAACUGGAUCAAGAGUAUGCAGAUCAAUGAAAAUCUUGAAGCUUGCAAAGAGAAGAAGAAGCACAACGUGCCCAUCAGGGUGAUGGACAUGUGUUGUGGUAAGGGAGGUGAUUUGCUCAAAUGGAGAAAAGGAUGCAUCAAUCAUUUAAUCUGCACUGACAUUGCUGAAGUAUCUCUUGAUCAAUGCAAAACAAGAUAUCAGGAGAUGAAAGACAGAAGAGAUAGAACUCCAGGUCAGAUAUAUUCAGCCGAGUAUAUUGCUGCAGAUGCCACAAAAGUCAGACUUCGAGAAAAGUACAAAGAUCCUUCAAUAAAACUGGAUCUCGUAAGUUGUCAGUUUGCAUUUCACUAUAGUUUUGAGAGUUUGCCACAGGCUGAGUGUAUGAUUCGUAAUGGAGCCGAAUGUUUGCAACCCGGAGGGUUUUUCUUUGGAACCAUCCCGGAUGCGAACGAAAUCGUGGCGCGUUUGAAGAAAGCCGGGCGAAAAACGUUCGGAAAUGAUGUUUUCAGUGUAGUAUACGAUAGCGAUCUAGACAACCCGCCGAUCUUUGGAGCGAAAUACAAUUUCCAUUUGGAUGGAGUGGUUGAUUGUCCUGAGUUCCUGGUGCAUUUUGGUUCUUUUGUCAAAUUGGCGAAGAAAUACGGAUUGAAAUUGGUGCGAAAAGAGAAGUUUCACGAGUUUUAUCAACGACUAAAAAAUGAAGGACGUAAUUUACUGAGUGCUAUGAAUAGUCUUGAGACUUAUUCAUCGCAGGGUAGAGAAUGUCUGGUUGGGACGAAUCCCGAAGAUUAUAAGCAUGCGGAAGAGUAUUGCAAAGAGAAAGACACGGAUGCACCGGUUGGAACACUGAGUAAAUCCGAAUGGGAAGCUUCAUCUUUGUACAUGACUUUUACAUUUGAAAAGGUGAAGAAUGACUGGAACGAUGACGGCACACCAAAGUACAUUUUUGAUUAGCGUUUAGUUUGAGCUUCUAAUUGUAUUUAGAGUAAUUCCUAUUUAAUAAUGUUAUCGUUCUAUUUUUCGUGCACGUUGGCUGAAUGAAAUAUAUAAGUUUGGGAAUAUUGA